AUGGGUUUUAUGCAUGCUGUGUUUUCUUCACUUGCAACCGAUUAUCUGUUUCACCCUCCGGAAAAACCUUUCUACACACUGGAGGAGGAGGAAGGGAGCAAGAAGCUAAAGCUGGAGUUGAGCGCUGUCACGUACACAAAGUUUCCUUGGUACAAACCGGAGUUGAAGCCAGGGAUGGACGUUGUCAAGAUCAGGACCGAGAGAGGGAAUGAUAUCGUGGCAGUGUAUGUUAAGAACCCCUCGGCUUCCUUGACUGUUCUAUACUCGCAUGGAAAUGCAGUAGAUUUGGGUAAUCUAAUGAGGCUCAGGGGCUUGACUGAGCUCAGCGAUCACCUCGGAGUCAAUGUAUUGGGGUACGAUUACUCUGGUUACGGCCAGUCCACCGGGAAGCCAAGUGAGGAAAACACUUAUGCAGACAUAGAAGCUGCGUAUAGAUACCUUGUGGACAAGUACGAUGCAAAGGAGGAAGAUGUCAUCUUAUAUGGGAGUUCCAUUGGAGCUGGACCUACAAUAGACCUUGCAACCCGGUUGCCGAGAUUGAGGGGUGUGGUUCUUCAAAGUGCUAUCACAUCUGCCCUUCGGUUAGUAUCGUUUGCACUUUGUGCCGCAGGAUUGGAGCGACGAUCAUAUUCGUUUGACAUUUAUAAGAACCUUGAGAAAAUACCUUUAGUUAGUUGUCCUGUACUGGUGAUUCAUGGGACGGCUGAUGAACUGGUGCACUGGUGGCAUGGCCAGCAGCUUUGGUAUCAUUCGAAGUACCGGUAUGAACCACUGUGGAUACAAGGAGGGAAACAUAAUGACUUGAAUAAGUACCCACGAUUCAGAAAGCAUUUAAAGAAGUUUGUAUCGGACAUGGAGAUAGAAUUUCCAUAUAGAAGAGCUAGCCAGAGCAUAGAUCACGACGAGAGGUCAAGGGCCAUUUCUGAAGAGGAGGUGAGAUCAAUAAAGAGUUUUGAUGUGGAUAAGUCGGAGGAACAAGCAAGUAAUGUCAGUGGAAAGAUUUUCAGAUCAGUUGGGUUGUUAAAUUGUUUUAAGCCGGCAUAA